GGCAGAAACAGUCAGAGCUCACACAGGGAACAAAAGUCAGCCUCGUGGGAAACAAAGCACUCGGCCUGCUCACGGUCACAGACAUGCAGCCGUUUGUCUUAAUCAGCGGCGUUUUCCUGCUCAUCUGCAUCUCCUCUGGAGGAGCGGACGCCCAGAGGCAGUAUCGACAAGUCCUUACUGGAAACCAACCAGGUGUUUGUCGCUACGGCAGGAGGCUGGAGUGCUGCUAUGGCUGGAAGAAAAACAGUAAAGGACAGUGUGAGGCUCAGUGCGACCACGGCUGCAAGCACGGAGAGUGUGUUGGCCCCAACAAAUGCAAGUGCUUCCCCGGAUACACCGGAAAAACGUGCAGUCAAGAUUUGAACGAGUGUGGCCUGAAACCUCGACCCUGUGAGCAUCGCUGCAUGAACACGUAUGGAAGUUACAAAUGUUACUGUCUGAACGGUUACACCUUGAUGUCGGACGGCUCCUGUGCCGAUUCCAGGACGUGUUCUGUCGCUCACUGUCAGUACGGAUGUGAGGAAGUUCAGGGCGAGAUCCGAUGCCUGUGCCCAUCUUCAGGGCUGCAGCUGGGCCAAGAUCAGAGGACGUGUGUUGACAUCGAUGAAUGUGUAACUGGGAAGAACCUGUGUCCGUACAACAGGCAGUGUGUGAACACAUUCGGCAGCUACUUCUGCAAGUGCCAGGACGGCUUCGAUCUGAAGUACGUUGAUGGCAAAUACGACUGCGUAGACAAUGACGAGUGUAUAGCCGGCACACACAAGUGCAGCCACCACGCCGUGUGUCUGAACACUCAGGGAUCCUACAAGUGCAGGUGCAAACCUGGCUUCAGAGGAAACGGCCACGAGUGCUCUGUCAAGCCAUUCUAUCAAAGGCCAUGGAAUGGUGGCAAAGGAAGUGUGGAGGAUUUCCUCAACGUCAUCCCAGACUCCCAACUGAAGCCAGACUCUCUGGGAGGGAAACUGGAAAACGAGGAAAUCAAAAACACAAUCCCUGAACCAGUUGCAACGAUCUCCCCCAAGACCCGCAAGCAGCCCUUUGACUAUGACGGAGAGGUCUACAUCGGCAGCGAGACGGAGACCGUGCCAGGGGAGGAAUUUCCUGAGGAGGAAGAGGAAGAAGAAGAGGAGGAAGAGGAAGACAACCAUCUCAACCCGAGGGGAGACGUUUUCACAACAGAAGACUUUGAGUCAGUAUUUGGUCCAGCCACAGAACUUAAAGAACUACAAAUAACACCAGUGCAGGAUGAGUUUAUCAUGGAUUGUAAUUUUGACCAGGGGGCAUGUGAGUGGGUGCAGGACAAGUCUGAUGACAUGGACUGGAGUGUGUCCUACCAUGACACUGGUUUGCAGUACUACAUGGCUAUGAAUGGUCUCCUGGGGGAGAGGAAUGACGUGGCCAGAAUUAAGUUGCUUCUCAAUGACCGGGUCCAGCAGGGAAGCUUCUGCCUCACCUUUGACUACCGCGUGAUCGGACACAAUGUGGGCAGUCUGAGAGUGCUGCUGGACAACAAUGCUUACCCAGUGUGGGAGCAGAGCCGCAGCAGAGACCAAGGAUGGCAGACGGAGCUCGUCACUGUGGCCUGGAAAGAUGAGGCACCGGAAUCAAUCUUCUUUGAAGCUCAGCGCGGGGCAGGUAUUGGUGGGGAGAUAGGUCUGGACAACGUGGUGCUGACUUCAGGGCCCUGUCAGGACGACGUCAACCCUAUCUUUUAGGAAUCUACGCUGUAGAUCAACGACUUCAAAUUUUUCACGACAUGACACGUGUCAACGAUUCCCGUUUCCUGAUGUCAUUAGUACAGUCUUUCCUGCAAUGUGAGGCUUCCCAGCGGCCUUCCACAGUGCCUCGGGACAUCGGUCCACAUGGUCUGUCACAGGUUAUGUUCAACAACUGCAUGCGUGUUCUCUCUGCCUCCUCACUGCUACAUAAACACAUUCAUCUCCCGGUGUCUUUUCUGCCCUGGUCUUUGACCUUUUCCAUAACUCAGAACUCAGGAACAGGUGGGAGCGCUAACUUUGUUAGUCAUGUUCAACAGUAUUGUGCUUAGUCUUGGUGUUGUAUGCAAUAGUCCAUGGCUGAAUCAAAAAUCUCAUAACAUAAAAUGUGAAUUCUUAGGGAAAUUAUUGCCUAGAUUCAGUUAUUGGUGAGUAACUUUUUUGAAGGCUAGUUAGUUUUAAAUAUCAUGAAAAACACCAGUGUGUAACUGCUGUAAAUUUGUGCUUACAUAUGAUAUUACUGUAUGCGACAAUAAAACUUUUUUUUCUAA